UCUGUUCCUCAGAGGUCAGCUCAACACAGCCAUCGCAACUUGGACUUCAAGUAUAGUUUUGUGACUUUGUCCAGCCACCCACGUAACGGCAUGGGUUCCGCGCAGGUCGAUGCGGACGUCAAGCCGCACGCCGUGUGCGUGCCGCUGCCGGCGCAGGGGCACGUCACGCCGAUGCUGAAGCUGGCCAAGAUCCUCCACUGCAGGGGGUUCCAUGUCACCUUCGUCAACUCCGAGUUCAACCACCGGCGGCUCCUCCGCUCCCGCGGCGCUGGCGCACUCGACGGAAUCAAGGGGUUUCGCUUCGCCACCAUACCGGACGGCCUCCCGCCGUCCGACGCCGAUGCCACGCAGGACGUGCCGUCCCUCUGCCGCUCCACCAAGGAGACCUGCCUCCCGCACUUCAAGAGCCUCCUUGCCGAGCUCAACGCCUCCACCGAGUCGCCGCCGGUCACGUGCAUCGUCGGCGACAACGUCAUGAGCUUCACCGUCGACGCCGCACGGGACAUUGGCGUGCCGUGUGCGCUGUUCUGGACUGCCAGCGUCUGCGGCUACUUGGGCUACCGCCAUUACCGCACCUUGUACGACAAGGGCAUCUUCCCACUCAAAGCCGCGGAGCAACUGACCAAUGGGUAUCUGGACACGCCGGUGGACUGGACGGCGGGGAUGAGCAAGCACAUGCGGCUCAAAGACUUCCCGAACUUCAUCUGGUCGACGGACCCCGACGAGUACAUGGCCCACUUCGCCCUCCACGUGACGGAGAGGCUGGCGGAGGCGGACGCCGCCAUCUUCAACACCUUGGAAGAGCUCGAGCCGGCGGCGCUGGACGCGGUGCGCGCCAUGCUCCCGCCCACCGUGCCCGUCUACACCAUCGGCCAUCUCCCCUUACUCGCCGAGGAGAUCGUGCCACAGGGCGGCACGUUGGACGCGCUGGGGUCAAACCUGUGGAAGGAGGACGUCUCCUGCUUCGACUUUCUGGACGGCAAGGAGCCCCGGUCGGUCGUGUACGUGAACUACGGCAGCAUCACGGUGAUGAGCAACGAGGAGCUCCUCGAGUUCGCAUGGGGGCUAGCCAACAGCGGCCAGCCCUUCCUGUGGAUCAUCAGGCCGGACCUCGUCAAGGGCGACGCCGCCGUGCUGCCGCCGGAGUUCCUGGAGUCCAUCGAGGGGCGCGGCGUGCUGGCUAGCUGGUGCCCGCAGGAGGCGGUGCUGCGGCACGAGGCGGUGGGCGUGUUCCUGACGCACUCCGGGUGGAACUCGACGGUGGAGAGCCUGUGCGGCGGGGUGCCGACGCUGUGCUGGCCCUUCUUCGCGGAGCAGCAGACCAACAGCCGGUACAGCUGCGUGGAGUGGGGCGUGGCCAUGGAGAUCGGCCACGACGUGCGGCGGGAGGCAGUGGAGGCCAAGAUACGUGAGGCGAUGUCCGGCGAGAAGGGGAAGGAGAUGCGCCGCCGGGCCGAGGAGUGGAGGGAGGCCGGCGUCCGCGCCACGCGGCCCGGAGGGCGCUCGCGCGCCAAUCUCGAGAAGCUGGUCGCCGACUCCCUCCUCUCGGGCGGCAAACCGCGUGAUUAGAUUACCACUUGCUACUACGCAUCGUAUUUCAAAUUGGUUACUGAGACAAGAUCUAAAUUUGCAAGUGCUCUCUCAUACUAUACGUUCAAGUUCAACUGCAUGCAGCGCAUGCGGUUCGCUGUACUUUCUGAUUUGAUACAUGGACAUCUUUGUCGUCUAGAUUGAUGCCGGUGACGAAGUUCUAUUCCUGAUUGCUCCA